GUGCUUUCUGGGGAGAGAGAGAAAAACGCUGGGUGGCGAGCACUGAACACGAGACAGUCUCCCCCGCCGAGUGCUACAGCCACGUGGCGCUAGCCGGAGCCCCAGGCCCACCGCCCUACCGGGCUGUCGGCGGGGCCUUCGGUCGCGGAAAGCCUGGAACCUCCGGGCCGCAGCUAGCAGGCCAGGGGAUCUGGCCCCGAACCCGAGCAGGGCAGAGCGCCCAGGUAAAGCGCGGUGCCAGCUUCCACUCUAGUGACGUCCAGCAGAUCCCCGGAACUUUUACCCGGAGACAGGUUCCGGCAACAGGUCCGAGGCGGGGUCGGUGAAUCAGCGCUGCUGGUGCCCGGGUCAGCCCUGCGAUCCAAUGCCAGAUUCGGGUAGGAAUAGCCCGGCGUCUAACCACCAGCCAUUCAGGGAUCGCUAGCCAGGGCACAGAUGACGUCAUCGUAGCUGGGCGGUGUCGGAAGGUUCCACCAAUGGGAGACAGGCAAAGUGGCUUGCUUUCUGUAGCUCUUGGCCAAUACUAACAAAGCAAAAGGGGGCCCGGUUGUCCAUAUAGAACCAAUGGAAAACAGGGAAGGAGCACGAGGCGGAGUUGAGAAUCCUGUCACCAAUUGGAAAGAGGAGGUGGAGCCCGGGCCUUGUCAAGCGUGACCAACCAGGGAGAGGAGCGGACUCUGAGGGAUGGGGCCGUAGUGCCUUCCCCCAAUAGGACAGGUCCAGGGGCGGGGAAUUCUUUAGGGCGCCCAAUGAGGAAUGCAGCCGAAGUGGGCCUGUCAAGAGAAGGGCCUGGGGGCGGGGGAACGGUGAGUCGGGGAUAAACACUCCGCGGCGGUGGCGGCUGCUGCUCUUCUGUAGGUUCUGUCACGGUGUCGGUGGUGCCCAGCUCGCCGGUCCCCUCCCCCUUCCGGCGAGCGUGGUCGCCAGAGAGGCUCUCUCAGCCCUGCUCUGCGGGGUCCACAGCGGGGCGCGGGUGUCCGGCGGCGGCGGCGAGCCUGUGUCCAGUGGGGGUUGGUCCCGUGGCUCCGGCCCCCUGUGCAGAAUGGCGGCGGCGGUUCGGAUGAACAUCCAGAUGCUGCUGGAGGCGGCCGACUACCUGGAACGACGGGAGAGAGAAGCUGAACAUGGUUAUGCCUCCAUGUUACCAUACAAUAACAAGGACAGAGAUGCCUUAAAACGGAGGAGCAAAUCCAAGAAGAAUAACAGCAGUAGCAGAUCGACUCACAAUGAAAUGGAGAAGAAUAGACGGGCCCACCUUCGCUUGUGCCUGGAAAAGUUGAAGGGGCUGGUGCCACUUGGUCCAGAAUCAAAUCGACACACUACGUUGAGUUUAUUAACAAAAGCCAAAUUGCACAUAAAGAAACUUGAAGACUGUGACAGAAAAGCCAUUCACCAAAUCGACCAGCUGCAGCGAGAGCAGCGGCACCUGAAGAGGCAGCUGGAGAAGCUGGGCAUCGAGAGGAUACGGAUGGACAGCACCGGCUCCACUGUCUCCUCCGAGCGCUCUGACUCGGACAGGGAAGAGAUCGACGUGGACGUCGAGAGCACAGACUAUCUCACGGGCGACCUGGACUGGAGCUGCAGCAGCGUGAGCGACUCGGACGAGCGGGGAAGCAUGCAAAGCCUGGGCAGUGACGAGGGCUACUCCAGCUCCAGCGUCAAGAGAAUAAAGCUCCAGGACAGUCACAAGACGACGUGUCUUGGUCUCUAGGAGAGCGUGGUCGCUUCGGCUGCCGCCCGGAUGGUCCUCCCUGUCGGCUCCGAUUUAGGUAGCGUAUGGGACCUGCCCACAAUCCCCUCGCACGUCGGCUUCCGUGUAUCACGUCACCAAGAGCAGCUGCGUUUAAAAGUUGUCAAGGAAGUGAUUAGGAUUGUGGGUUUCUGUUUUUUUCUUUUUCCUUUUUCCUUUUUUUAAGUCCCCGAUCCCCAUUUCGAAAGGGGUUGAGUUGGCCGCUGAGCCAGUCAGUGCAGCCAGGACACCCAGGGGCACCUCGACUCCGUGUUGCUCAGUCUGGGGUGGCUGAAUGCUGCUUAGCCCCGCAAGAAGUUGGGGGACGCCGACCAGGAUCGUGGAUUUCUGAUUGCAUCCUCUAGCUUCUCUCUUUCUCUCCACAAGUCUCUCUGAGAGACCGUACAUUCCAAUCAGUUCGAAGCAUCCAAGAACUCUGAGGCCAAAUAAGCACCUCUGACGUCUCGGCAGUUUCCCCCUCUUAUUUACUGUCCUGUGUGGUCUUCUAGACCUUCCUUAACGUUUUCUGACUUCCUGUGUGACAUGCCUAGCAGAAACGUCCGAAUGUGUCUUGUGCUUAGGAAACUGAAGGAAACAAACUUCUCAAGUUGAGAUCCUGAUCUCAGAACUCCAAAGUAAGCUUUGAAAGUGGCAUUUAAGAGCACUUAGCCCUGGCCCUCACCACCCGUGACGAGUCAGGAAUACCUCCAGAAAACAUGCCCUUCACACACACACACACACACACACACACGUACACACACCCCGAGUGAAUGCCCCAACCCACGUGCAGACAGGAGCAGUAUUUCUCACCUUCAGAUGGACACCUUGCUUAUAAAAGUUCCAACGUUAUUUGUUCUCACGAACACAAUGGUACAAUCUAUUUUUGUGCGCUGUCCCUGGGUCCGUGCUGUGUCCUGCUCUCCGAAGGCACGUUUCCCCUCCAAGUUGGUUUUUCUACUUGUCUCUGGAACAUUUUUUUUUCCUACCUCAGAGAUAAAUGAGAUCUCCAUUUCCCACUUAAUACAAACUGAUUAUGCCUCUUUUUUUUUUCCCGAAUAAGUGACAUUUGGUCCAAUCCUUAACUAUUUUCCUAUGUAACUUUCAGCAAUAACUGAGCUUUGGCACUAGCUGAGCUAGUGUCCAUCAUCAGUGAAAGGGGAAAAGUCCACAUUUCUACUCUCUGUUGCAGGUGAACAGGAGGGGAUGGUACAGUGUUACUAGAAUCUCUCUCCUCACUGUUUUUGGACGCACCCGGGAACUUCUUUAUGGAGGCUUUUGGGUUGAUAGUUUAAAAGGCUGAUUUUUCUUUCUGGUUAUGAUUUCUCCCUUAAGUGGUCUCCCACUUUGUAGCAUUUUUAUUUAAGCUAAAACAGAGCACAUGUAUAUGUACAUAAGACACAUUAAAUCUAUAAAUACUAUUUAUUCAUUUUAUAUAAACUAAUGUAAUGGAAAAUAAAUUCUUACAACUUUGUGCUUUUAUAGAUGUUCUAGAAACUUUGUAUGUAGGUAUCUACAAAAUUGGCUCAUUUCCCCUUAAUAUUUUUGCAUUCAUAUUUUCGAGGUCUCGAUGUUUUCAACCUCUGGCGAACCUUUUUCAUUGAAUUUGAACCAUUUGUAAUAACUGUGACGCUGAAACAAGAGUGUGUGUCACAACGUGAUGAGAACAUUCCUAAAAUCUACAGCCGCACUGCAACCUAAGGGCUCGCUGGCUGAACUGGUAGUGGGGGCCGCCUGUGCCCCCAGCUGGCCUGCGGUCUCCCCACCACAGCCUCGCACCUCCUCCGCGCCCCCUCCUUGCCCACAACUAAAAGUUCAAACGCACUCCACACGGAAGCUCAUUCUAGACGUGAAGAGCAGUCUGAAACAUUACCUUUGUAUUUAUUUUUGCUUUUUAAAUGAUUUCUUAAUGUAUUCAAAAAAUUUUAAUUGGAACUAGUAGAUUCCUAAAUGAUUCCAAAGUCAUCUCUAAUUCUUCUAUUUUUGUUCUGUUUUUCUCUUCAUUUCAGCUUUGGGUGGGGGGAGGGGCAGGUGAUACAAAAGAUUUUUCUUUCUUUUUUCUGUUUUUUAAUUGUUGGAAUCUUUUCCAAUUACCAGCUGAAGAUUUGCACUGAAAUACAACUUGUAUGCCUUUUGCAUUUUUAAAGCCUGCUUCCUGAAUUUAAGCAGAGUGAUAGUGUUCAAAGAGCCAGCUCAGCCUGUAACAUGUUUGAAAAAAGAUAUAACUGCACUUUGAGGUCCCUUUUGAAUGCCAUUCACUAGACCUCGAAAGCAUUUUAAUUGCUACCUUCAAGCGCCUCACAAGUCCAUGAUGCUGGAUGCUGUAUGGCAUCGAAAACUCAAGACUUUGGGAAAAGCUUGUGGGCUUGUGUUGAGGGAGGGAAGGGAACAAAACUCAUGUAUUUUGUUUGUUUAAUUUAGAAAUAAGGCAUCUGAGAGAUGCCGUUAUUUUCUGUGUUUUAAUUGUGCCUUUUGAGUUAAACUGCAUUUUUGUCUUUUGGUUGAAAUAUGAAAUGUACUGUCCCAAUAUAAAAUAGUAAUUAUUUGACCUUUGCACUGUUUGUCUGGUCCUUUUCAAUUUGAUGGCAUAUAAAUGUGGAACUUGAUAGAUCUCUAUAUUUUUUAUUCACUUGUGAUAAACUGACACCAGGGUUAGACACAACUUUCAAAGCUCGAGGCAGACCAAAUCGGCGUGCCAGACAAGCCUCUCUCUAACCAAAACUGUAAGCUUCAGGACCAGCAAACUCAGCCCAAGGCAGCUAAUCCUCUUCCCCAUGUGGCUGAUCAGCCGCCCUGAUUCGCCAAUCUGCCCUGCCAUUCACUUAUCCACCAGCAUGACUGUUAAGAGCUAGACAGUCUUUUUGGUUCUGGUUUUUCUAUUUUUUUUUUUUUAAUUUUUUAAGCAAAAUGAAAAACCUUUCUAUUAGGGUUAUUGGGGGGAGGGGAUGGGCAAAGAUAUAAACCCCAGCCUUUAAGACUUUGACUGUUGUACGUAAAUAAUAGAUGUGUGUAAAUAUAGGCACAUGCAUAUUUUUAUGUGAAAACUGGUUUUAAGAAACUAAGAAGAAAUCUACACUCUUACUGAUACCAUUGCAAUGCAAGUGGGAAAAUAAAGAGUAUGUAGUGCAGUUUAAUUUCAUGCAGUGAGAAAAUUUCUAUGUGUGCUUCUGCUAACACCCAGAAGACCUAACUUUCCCUGCCUGUUGGCUUAGAAUGGCGGGCACGCACCCAGGGUGUUUUUGGUUUCUUUUGCUAAGCAGAGAUCUGGAAUUCAAGGUGCUGAUAGUAACCGCGGCUCAUUUCUCUAGUCACAUAUCUUAUGCUAGUGAUUCAAAGAACGUCACCUUUUAGAGCAGGACCUAGAUUUUUCUUCCUGUCAACCCAAAGCUAAAAUAAUUUCAGUGUUGAUUCAGAAUUGAGCUCUAAGAAGGCCCUGACCCUACACUUGGCCACUUAAGUGGUUUGAGGAUUUUUUUUUUUUUUAAAGAUGGGCAUUCUCCUUUAACCUCUACUUUUUUCCAAAAGAAACAAAGGGUCCUUCCCUGGGUUUCCUAUGGGUCUCUUCUCUGUCCCUGAAGUGGCCAAAAGCAAAUCUUGGGGUGUGGGGGAAAAAAGUAUAAACUGGGUAGGAUUGUGAUGUUCAGAAUAACUGCCAAGCAAUAUCUUGGGACUUAAUAAUGCAUUUUGUGGACUUCCUUUUUCCUCUCCCCCAUCCUUUAAAGAGAAAACUUACUUUUGAAAAGUAUAUACAGACACAUAACUUAGGUUUUUAUAUCAUACUGAAUUGGCUAGGAUACCACUUUCAUUGUGCUUUAUAAUCCAUUUAGUCCCCCAAAUCUCACUCCUUUCUUUCUUCUUUGUUUCCCCAAGUGUCUUUGUCUUCCUCUUUUACCUGCCCUGUGUGUUGAACACCAGAAAGACAAAGGCUGCAAAGCAAUUUCCUGCAUGUCAGUCUUUUAUUUUUGUAUGUCUAACUCUUGGAUGCGGUAGGUUUCAGUAGCUGGCUACUCCUGAUGUUAAAAAUCCUUCCUGGGAGAAGAUGACCCAAAGACCCUUUUAGAUGAGGUGUUUUUUCUCAUUCUACAUGAUCAGAUCUCUGUAGACUGUGGGAUGUUUUGUUUUUGGAAAUAUUGGGGGAUGGGGGCAGGGGGGUAUGAUAUGUGAUUUAUCAUGAUUUUUUCAUUAAUUUACUACAUGGAUGAUUUUCUUACCCUAUCUUCUGAAAGAAGAAAUAAUUGCCUGGGACUGUUAUCAUCAGCUAUUGAAUGGCUGAAGAAAUUGAGUAUCUUUGUCUUCUCUCAAAAUCAUAAAAUAAGGAUUAGUAAAGCACUUGUUUCUAAGAUUUACCCAGAUUUUAAAUUUUGAUUUUAUAUUCUGUCUGGAGGGUGUGGAGGAUUGAGAGGGCUUUCUUCAUUUUAGCUUUCACCAGAGAACCAAGCUUGCCUUGACCCCUGUCCUUAGAAUUGGUGCUCUAGGAAUGUUGCUGUCAACCAUCAAUGUUGGGGGCCAUCACCCUAACAGUAAACACAGCCUAAACAGGGAGCAGCAGACAAGAGUGUGAAUUUCUGUUUCCAGAUGUUUAUUUCUUGAUGUAAAUAUGAUGCCAAUGUAAAUCCUGUGUCAAGACAUAGAGAAUGGUGCUUUUUACUACAGUUAGUACAUGCAUUUUGAGAACUACUCCAUGUUUUAGAGAAUCUUUGCUGUGUAUAUGUAAACUUCUGUAUUGUUCAACCGUUAACAAAUAAUAAAUUAUUUCAUUAUUAAAGAA